GGAGGGGGACAUGUCGCUGACACACAGAAAUGCCUUGGUGACAGCAUGAUGCUCGUGCUCUGCCCGUGUACGACUGUCAGUGUGUCUACAUGGGCCGAGACAAAGCGUUCCUGUACUGACGUAUGUCUCGUGGCGAUGUUCCGAGUUAGGAAUGAUGGAUUGUCUUGUCACACAUCCUCAGCUCCUGCCGCCGCCACCGCCACCACGGCUGUCGACAACAGGAGCUGUGCACUCAGUCUGUGCUUCCCUUACGAGCCGCGUGUGUGUGUGUCGUUGGUGAAUACAGCCAUCAUCCCCCCAACCACCAGGAGGUUGUAUAAUUUACAGCGAUCUGAUAUUUCUCGGAACUUCAGGAAAGGAACCUCAAUGUGAGCUUUGGUCUUUUUUUUUCCUUUCUCUGAACUCGGGAAAACCAGAAUUACAAAAGAAUAAGCCAAGAAACCUCCCCCACCAAACUUAAAUGAAAAACUUUCAUCUAUAAAUAACGACAGUGGAGGACAUUUAAAAUCAAGUUUUACAGGAUCUGAAAAAAAAAAGAAUUGUAAGGGGGUGAUGUGCGGCCUGGACACCGGACGCAGAAUCUUGUGAAGAUUUGUGGAGAAGUCGUGGUCGCCAUCUUGACCCUGCACCAUUGGAAAUGGUGGCAGUAAUAUCACCUGUCUCAGCCGUGGUUUUCUCGUCUGUACUUCUGUCGUCUUGUGCCGCCACUGUCAUCACCAGGAAAGAGUUCCGAAUCGCGUGGCUGGCGCCGAAGGAGAUGCACGGUGGCUUCAGCGCCGGCACGAGCGUCAGCGCCCUCAAGCUGGCCUUGCGCGCCAUCGAGGCCCAGCAUCUGAGGGGCAGUAAGCUGCGUGUCAAGUGGUACGACUCUAAGUGCGAGCCCAAGGCCGCCAUCACAGCCGCCGUCGACGCUCGGAGCGACUUUGACCCCGACCUCUUCCUCGGCCCGCCAUGUUCGCCAGGAAUGAGCGGGGUGGCAAUGCUGGCGUCACACUGGAACAUUCCAGUCUUUGGGUGGGUGUCCAACGACCAUGAGCUGAAGUACAGACACAUCUACUCAACCCUCGUCAGAGUUCUGGGACCUCUAAAUCAGUUUUCCAAGACCAUGAUGUAUGUCAAGAUUCUGUUUCGCUGGGACCGCUUUGCGAUGAUCUUCGACGAAGACAGCACGUACCGCACCGUGCACAGCGCCAUCGUCGCCUACCUGCGCGAGCGCAACAACACCAUCACGUCCGCCCACGGCGUCAACAUCGACAAGUCGGACAGCGAGGUGCAGGACAUCUUCAUGCAAGUGCGCAAGUAUGCACGAGUGAUAAUUCUGUCCGUGCCGUGGCUGUCCAUGAGGAAAUACAUGUUGGUGGCACAUCAACUCAACAUGACCUCCGGAGACUUCGCCUUCAUCUGCAUCAACAGUGACGUGUACACGCGGAAAGAACUACAGGAGGAUGUACUGUCAGACAAGGUGUGGCACAGAAAUGACACAUUUGAUGACGAUGCACGUGCAGCGUUUGAAUCUGUCAUCUACGUGAUGAUGGCGCCGGCGGAAGAGGAAGUGUACAAUAAGUUUGAGACCUUAGUGUCUCGGGCAGAGGAUCUGAACUACUCUCGCUGGGAACUUCCGACAGGAAAUAACACCCUGGACGCCUACGCUCCGUUCCUGUACGAUGCCACGCUGCUGUGGGCAAUCCUGGUCAACCAAACCAUGGCAGCAGACGUCGACCCCAGAAACGGUUCUUACAUCUUCCAGAGGGCGCAAGCUGCCUCAACCAAAGGCGUGACCGGCUUGCUGGCGCUGGACAUGGACUGUGAUCGGUUGUUUAACAUGUGGCUGCUGGACAUGCAAGCAGACGGUCGAUUCAAGGAGUUUGUCAAGAUCGACAACACCGUUGACGGCGGCUACAUGGCGCGGGUGACGAACAUCCGGUGGCCUGAUGGUCGAGAAGGAGAUAGUCAAGCGCCUCCAGACACCCCUGACUGUGGAUUUGAGGGGGAGCUGUGCAAGAAAGAACCGGUGGAAAAGCCAGCAGACGAAUCGUACACGGACUCCAUCAUCGGCGCUGCUGCAGGAUCCUCCGUCGUGCUGGCAAUCGCAAUCGCUGUACAGGUGUUGCUCAGACGAUGUCGGCGACGAAAGAAAAUGAAAAGUCUAAUCUGGCAAGUGAAGUUUGAAGAAAUCGACUUUGUCACAGCCUUUCUGUGUGGAAGUGUGAGGUCCAGCUUUCGGAACCUGGGUCGCAGAAAACAGACGGGGUCAAAGAAACUACAGAAAUCCAACAGUGAUAUCAACCUGACAGGCUCCAGUGACUCACCUCGCUCUCACCACCUGCUGGAAGGUGGCGCCACCAUGUUCGGGUCCGUGGCAUACCUUAGAGGAAGUUUGGUGUCUGUGAAAAGAAUGAACAGAUCAAGCGUAGGAUUGACAAAGGACAUGUUGGAGCAGUUUAACAGGCUAAUGGAACUCAAGCACCAGAAUGUCACAGCCUUCGUUGGCGCUUGUGUAGACCCCAGUCGAAUUUUGUUGCUGUGGGAAUACUGUGCUAAAGGAAGCCUGCAGGAUGUUAUCUGGAAUACCAACAUCAAACUGGACCAGUUAUUCAAAUUUGCUUUGUGUCAAGAUGUUGCAAAGGGGCUGGAGUAUUUACACAAAACACACAUCAAUUACCAUGGCAACCUCAAGUCCUCGAACUGCGUUGUGGACAGCCGCUGGACAUGUAAGCUGACAGACUUCGGUCUGCCCAAACUUCGUGCCUACGACAAGGGCUCUGUAUCUGCUGAGGAUAACUGGGACAAGGAGCUUUGGACUGCACCCGAGGUCCUGAAGGGUGAGACCGGGGUGGACUUACAAAAAGCUGACAUCUAUGCCUUGGGCAUCAUUUUGAAGGAGGUUUUUACACGAUCCGGGCCGUACUCAGAUUAUUCAUUCAUGUCUUCUGCAGAGAUCAUCCAAAAGGUGAAGAACCCCAAUCCCACCCCGUUUCGUCCCACCCUGGCACGUGACAUCCGCCAUGACUCAGAGCUGACAUCUUUGAUAAGCGACUGUUGGGCGGAGGAUCCGGCGAUGCGCCCAACACCUGCUCGGGUGCUCAAGACCCUCAACAAACUCAAUCCAUCCAAACACAUGACAGUUAUCGACAACAUGGUAGCCAUGCUGGAGAAAUAUGCCAACCAUUUGGAGGAACUGGUGGCAGAGCGGACCUCCGAGCUGGAUGCCGAGAAACGAAAGACAGAAAAUCUCUUGUACCGCAUGCUACCCCAGUCGGUGGCAGAGGACCUCAAGAGCGGGAAGCCGGUGAAAGCAGAACUCUUUGACGAAGUCACGAUUUAUUUCUCGGACAUCGUGGGCUUCACUAAGAUCUGUGCUGACAGCACACCUAUAGAGGUGGUGAAUCUGCUCAACAGCCUCUACACACUUUUCGAUGACAUCAUCACCGCCUAUGAUGUGUACAAGGUGGAGACGAUCGGAGAUGCCUACAUGCUGGCCAGCGGUCUGCCCAAGCGGAACGGGGAGCGGCACAUCAAAGAGAUCGCAGACUGCUCCAUGGACAUCUUGGCUUCCAUCGGCACCUUUCGUAUCCCUCACCUUCCCGAACGGCAACUGAUGAUCAGAAUAGGGAUCCACACUGGCGCAGUGGUAGCGGGGGUUGUAGGUCUGGCGAUGCCCCGUUACUGCCUUUUUGGUGAUGCUGUCAACACUGCUUCCAGAAUGGAGUCGACGGGAGUAGCCAUGAAGAUUCACCUGUCGUCUCAAGCUCGCGACAAGCUCAUCAAUUACCAUGGUUACCACAUCGUCCCGCGCGGCGAAAUCAGCGUGAAGGGUAAAGGCACUUUGUCCACCUACUUCUGUUGGGGCCGCGACGACUACCACAAGCACGUGCCGGACGCCACUGACUACCAUCAUGGGAGCUCCGACACCAAGCUGCCAGGAGGCCAGCCAUCCGUCUUUCCCAGUACAGUUGCCGUUCAGUCGGAAACGGACUCUCACGCCAAACAACGUCACGGUUUCCCUGGUGGAGGCAGCCAUCCGUGCAAUUCCUCCGUGGGCGAGGUCUCACAACCUGUCCGAACCAGUUCCGUGACGUCCAGUCAGGACGAUGCCAGCGAACUCCAGGAUGUGGAUGUGAAGUUGUUGAGAAAGAACUUCGAGCCCACGUCGAGGGUUCAGUCAGAACCUUACACACACACGGACCGCGCCUGUCGGAGCUGACCAGGGACUCCGUGCAGCACAUCCUGGACAUGCUGCAUCACAGCACAGCGGGCGAAGAGAAGCGAGUGAACAGCGCUGGGCGCACCUUGAGGACGAUGCUGCAGAAGAAGCAGCUGGAGGAGGCAGAGAGAAGAAUUAAGGAUGUAAACCCACUGGAACACCUGUUCGUGAACCCUAAGGCAGAGAACAACACUGUCAACAUCGGUGCCCGCAACGAGUCGACCGUCUCGAUGCUGGAGAUGACAGCCAACAUCCUUGAACCCGAUCACGGAGGGCAUGAGGCGUCUGGAGCGUGACCUCAAGCGCUCCAACUCGGACGCCCAGGCUCGGCGUGCCAGUGUCAUGGCGUACCUGCACGUGGAGCCCAAGCAGGUCAACACGAGCACCGGAACUCACCCAACAAUUCCAGGCCGGCCUCACCCAAGCUGGACGUGUCUUUGCUCAAAGAGCAGAUCUCUUCCCGGAUGACCAGAGCCUUGGACUCGACACCUUUGUGACACACUGCUGUGUGUCAGUGACACAUUGGUGGUGAUGUAGUCCACAGACAGCUUGGGUUGGCAGGGUGAUUAAGUUUUUUUUUUAGGGGGAGAAGUUUUAAUUAUGUUGUAUUGAUCUUAGUAAUCAGGAUUGUAUGUCGUGAUGCAUCUGUGGCAAGUUGUUUGGUUAGUAAAUAUUGUUUGUUAGAAUUUGCAUUUGAUGUUCAGUGUUUUACAAAAUGAGAUGUCACACAGUUGUUAAAAUAUUUUUACAAGUAGCCGUGCGACAAAUUUAUUUAUAUCACUGUACAGUAGGUCACUUGUACAGUCCAGUGUUAAUGGUAUUUUGCAUCUCAGAACAUUUUUAUGAAUAGUUAUGAAUUCAUCUUCGAAUAAAGUUGAAGGUUUGCAUUGCAAAGUGUUGCUCGUGUAUAAUCG